UUUGCACUUAGGCGGAGGCUGCUGGUUGCAAUAUUGUAAAGGGGGGGCGGAGGUUGGAGGCAGAGUGCGGCGAGGACACAGUUGGUUGUUGGUGGUUUGUCUUGGUGGUGUGGAGCUCGCUCUACUGGAAGUUGCGUACGUAUUUUAGGGAUCGUUGUGUGUGUGUGUGUGUGUGUGUGUGUGCAGUGCGAGGUGUUCUCUGUGUUCGCUGGCGGAGGAGAACAGCGGAGUUGAAGCGGAGUCUUACAUUUUUGCGAUUUUCUUCUUCCUCCCAUCUUUGAGUGUGGAACGAAAAUUUUGUUUCUGAGAGGCGGUGUUGAGGGAAAGUAGAGAGGCAGGCGGGGGCAGGGAGGGAGGGGAGGGGACGAUGGCCGGGCAGGCGGCUCUGAUGGCCAGCGCCAGUGUGAGGAACUCCGCGCCUCUCGCGUGCUCACCAUCCGGCUUGUAUAAGCUCGGCGUCGAUUCGGACGCUUCCAGGCUUUGUCGCGUAGUCACGCGGAGAUCAUCAAAGAAAUUGUCGAAGUCUGUGAAGGGUAGAAGAAAAAUUAUUGCAGCUGUAGAAAACCAUUCUCCUAAAAAUGAUGGGGGCAGGAGGCAGGUCAAACUGCAGGCAGUUGCUUCUGACACUCCAAGGGUUGCCGCAGUGACCGAGCAGGAAGCGGAGGUUUAUCAUAUUUAUCGAACUCCGUUUUUGCAAGAGAAUGCCACCACAGCCCUUCUCAAGCUGGUUCAAGAGAAGGUUUCUGCUGACAUCAUCAGCAUAAAGACUGAACAAUGCUACAACGUCGCAUUGAGUGCACCACUUUCUGCGGAGAAGUGGGAGGUAUUACAAUGGCUGCUACGGGAGACGUAUGAGCCUGAAAAUCUUCAAUCUUCAAGCAACUUACAAAGUGAACGAGGAGUAGUUGUGGAAGUAGGCCCUCGUCUUUCGUUCACCACUGCAUGGUCAGCCAAUGCAGUGUCAGUCUGCUCUGCAUGUGCUUUACCUGAAGUGACUCGGAUCGAACGAUCUCGUCGUUACCAGCUCUCUGUUGGUCCAGGAGCGUCGCCCUUAGAGCAAAGUCAGCUGGAUGCAUUUGCUGCACUGGUGCAUGACCGGAUGACUGAAUGCGUAUACCCUACGAAACUUAUGUCAUUCAAGAAUGACGUAAUCCCGGAGCCCUUUAUCCAGAUUCCUGUCAUGGAGGAAGGGAGAGCAGCUCUGGAAGCUAUCAACAAAACCAUGGGACUUGCUUUUGAUGAAUUUGAUCUGGAGUAUUAUACGGAGCUCUUUGCCAAAGAUAUCAAGCGUAACCCCACAAACGUGGAGCUUUUCGACAUUGCUCAGUCUAACAGUGAGCACAGUCGUCAUUGGUUUUUCAAUGGUGAAUUGACAAUUGAUGGAAAGCCCGUCUCCGAUACCCUCUUCAGUCUUGUUAAAGAUACGUGGAGAGCCAACAAAAACAAUUCUGUGAUUGGUUUUAAAGAUAAUUCCAGCGCUAUUCGAGGUGCAGCAGUCAAACCUGUGCUACCAGUGACUCCAGGCUCACCCUCUCCUGUGGAUGCCCUGGAUCGCGAUUUCGAUGUUCUUUUCACCGCUGAAACGCACAAUUUCCCUUGUGCAGUUGCGCCAUUUCCUGGUGCUGAAACUGGGGCUGGAGGUCGCAUUCGUGAUACUCAUGCUACAGGAAUUGGAUCUCUAAUCGGUGCAGCCACUGCAGGAUAUUGUGUUGGAAAUCUUCAGAUGGAAGGAUCUUAUGCUCCUUGGGAAGACAGUUCCUUCGUUUAUCCACCAAAUCUUGCAUCCCCUCUUCAGAUUCUUAUCGAUGCUAGCAAUGGAGCAUCUGAUUAUGGAAACAAAUUUGGCGAGCCCCUUAUUCAGGGAUACACUCGAACCUUUGGCAUGCGGUUGCCUAGUGGUGAACGAAGGGAAUGGCUGAAACCAAUCAUGUUCAGUGCUGGUAUUGGCCAGAUAGACCACCGACACUUGGAAAAAGAGGAUCCUGAGAUUGGCAUGCUUGUUGUGAAAAUUGGUGGGCCAGCUUACCGCAUUGGUAUGGGUGGUGGUGCUGCUUCGAGCAUGGUCAGUGGGCAGAAUACAGCUGAACUGGACUUUAACGCAGUCCAGCGAGGUGAUGCAGAGAUGUCGCAGAAGUUGUACAGAGCUGUUCGCACUUGUGUUGAAAUGGGAGACGACAAUCCGAUUGUUAGCAUUCAUGAUCAGGGUGCUGGUGGCAAUUGUAACGUCGUGAAGGAGAUCAUCUAUCCCAAGGGUGCGGAAAUUGAUGUAAGGUCAAUUGUAGUGGGAGAUGAAACUAUGUCUGUGCUGGAGAUUUGGGGUGCAGAAUAUCAGGAACAGGAUGCAUUGCUGAUUAGACCAGAGAGCGAAGCACUUUUGCGGUCAAUUUGUGCCCGGGAACGUGUUUCUAUGGCUGUAAUCGGCACAAUCAGUGGCGACGGAAGAAUUGUGCUCUCAGACAGUGCGUUGAAGAAAGAGGCAGAAGCUAAGGGACUUCCACCUCCAAUGCCAGCUGUCGACCUUGACCUUGAAAAGGUACUUGGAGACAUGCCAAGGAAGAGUUAUAACUUUACUAGAAUGCCAGAGCCUGCUGAACCUCUUGACAUUGCACCUGGUCAGACAGUCAUGGAGGCCCUGAAGCGUGUGCUUCAUUUGCCUUCAGUCUGCUCCAAGCGAUUCCUUACGACUAAGGUGGACAGGUGUGUGACAGGACUUGUGGCACAGCAACAGACAGUGGGACCUUUGCAGAUUCCUCUAGCUGACGUUGCCGUUCUUGCCCAGACACAUACGGGAAUCACUGGUGGUGCAUGUGCGAUUGGAGAGCAACCCAUUAAGGGCCUUUUGGAUCCCAAGGCUAUGGCACGACUUUCUCUUGGAGAAGCAUUGACUAACCUUGUCUGGGCUAAGGCAACUGCUCUGAAAGAUGUGAAGGCCAGUGGGAACUGGAUGUACGCCGCUAAGUUAGACGGUGAAGGAGCUGCUAUGUAUGAUGCUGCCGUUGCUCUGAAGGAGGCAAUGAUUGAACUGGAAGUUGCCAUCGAUGGUGGAAAAGACAGUUUGUCUAUGGCCGCGCAAGCAGGAGGUGAAACUGUGAAAUGCCCGGGCAAUCUUGUCAUAAGUGCUUACGUGACUUGUCCAGACAUCACAAAAACAGUCACUCCAGACUUGAAGCUUCAAGAUGAGGGAGUUCUUCUGCACAUUGAUAUCGGGAAAGGAAAGCGUCGGCUGGGGGGAUCUUGCUUAGCACAAGUUUAUGAUCAGAUUGGCGAUGCUUCUCCGGAUGUAGAUGACGUGCCCUAUUUGGGAAAGGUCUUCAAUGCCGUACAGGAAUUGAUUGAUAAGAGGAUUAUUGCCUCUGGUCAUGACAUCAGCGAUGGUGGUAUUGUGGUUGCCUUGCUCGAGAUGGCGUUUGCUGGAAAUUGUGGAAUUACGGUGGAUCUGCCUGCUUCCGGGAAUCAGAGCUCCCUGGACACUCAGCUUUCCACCCUGUUUGCGGAGGAGCUGGGUCUUUUGCUUGAGGUUGACCAAUCCAAGCAGGAAGCUGUUAUUGCACAGUUGCUGGCAGCAGGAGUUGAGUGCAAUGUCGUUGGCCGUGUGACGUCCAACCCACAAGUAAGUAUUAGUGUCAGCGGACAAGAGGUUGUAUCCGAUACCACUGCCUCUCUGCGAGAUAUGUGGGAAGAGACCAGUUUCCAACUCGAGAGGCUGCAACGGCUUGAAUCAUGUGUAGAAGCCGAACAAGAGGGUCUAAAAUACAGAAAAACCCCAGCUUGGAAGUUAUCUUUCACACCAGCUAAGUCUUCAGAAGAGAUUAUGAACAGUCCUUCGAAACCCAAAGUUGCUAUCAUUCGAGAGGAAGGUAGCAACGGGGACCGAGAAAUGUCAGCCAUGGUUCUUGCGGCAGGGCUUGAGCCUUGGGAUGUUGCAAUGUCGGAUUUGCUUUCCGGGCGCGCUUCUCUCAAGGAUUACCGGGGGGUUGUCUUUGUAGGAGGUUUUAGUUAUGCAGAUGUUCUAGAUUCUGCUAAAGGCUGGGCUGGCACAAUCCGGUUCAACAAGUCUCUCUUGGAACAGUUCCAAGAAUUUUACAACCGACCAGACACCUUCAGUUUGGGAGUAUGCAAUGGAUGCCAACUCAUGGCUUUGCUUGGUUGGGUUCCUGGAGCGGAUGUUGGUGGUACUCUUGGAUCCGGAGGAGAUCCUGCACAGCCCCGAUUUGUGCAUAACGACUCUGGUCGGUUUGAGUGUCGAUUUUCGUCUGUCAAGAUUGGGGAGUCGCCAGCUAUCAUGCUCGAAGGCAUGGCUGGUACAACUGUAGGGAUAUGGAUAUCCCAUGGUGAGGGCAAAGCCCUGUUUCCCAACUCUCCCAUUCUCGAAAAGGUGAAGAAGUCAAACCUAGUUCCCCUCACUUACUGUGAUGACGCAGGAGAGUCUACAGAAGCCUAUCCUUUCAACCCCAAUGGCUCGCCCGAGGGAAUUGCAGCCCUCUGCUCACCUGAUGGGCGACACCUGGCUAUGAUGCCUCAUCCUGAAAGGUGUUUCCAAAUGUGGCAGUUUCCAUGGUAUCCUCAAGAAUGGACCCACAUUGAUGCUGCUGGACCCAGCCCUUGGUUGCGACUGUUCCAAAACGCUCGCGAGUGGUGUAGCUCUGUUGAAUAGUUUAUGACUCCUUUUCUCAGCCGAAGGCAACGUUAGGACAGUUCUGUUUUGUUAUCUCAGCCGAAGCUAGAUUGAUGGCUGCGGUAGUAGAGAACUCAAUCAUGGUGCAAAGUUAGCAGCGUACAGUAAUGUUGCCAAGAGAGAUUUGCGGCUUUUUGUACCAUUGCUCUGCCAAAAAUCAAUGUCGCACUGAUGGAAAACUUGGGAAUGUGCUAAUGAGCGCAUCAUCUCAUUAAUACGAAGAACACUGGAGAUUUGCUGCCACUUGACAAGCUGCUCCUUCAACAGUAUUUUAUCAAGUGAUUCCUAGUCUUAUUAUGCAUCAGUAGUUUCUCUUUUCUUUUCUUUUCUUUUCUUUUUUCUGUUUGUCUCGUUUUGGGAUUCUUACGCCAAUCUUUAUGAUCUGGGUUGAUUUUAGGUUUUAUCAGGUAACUGACCUAGCACUGUAAUUUCAAUAAUUCGUCAUCAGAUUGUUCCACACAUUCACCCAUCUAUGUUGCUGCCUGCAAUCUGACGUGUACCUUGAUCAAUCACUAGUGUGUACACAAUUGGGCCUCGGGAAUCUUGGUGUUUACUGUGAAGGUGUGUACAUCAUGAAAUGAAAUGUACUGAUGCAUGAGGUCAACUGUGCGAGGUCUUCUUCAAGUUUACCUACAAUCUGGACACGACAUUCCAUAGAAGCGGAACCAUAGAACCACAUAGGCUGUUAAAUAGUGUACCAAUUACACUCAUCAAUCCUCAUAUUCCUUGAUCCACAACGGUUUCAUAAUUCACCACGCAGAGGAUUCGGUUUAGGAUUUUGUUCACUGUUGGAACUGUUGCUGGUUCAACUCGCUUUCAUCUACGCAGUGUUGUAGAAUGUCUUUAGAUGACAGCACUGGAAAUUACCUUAACCCGGACCAGCUUCGACUUGACACAUGUGGCUGAUGUUCUGGGCCCACUGGAAGGUGAUGUUCAGACUCGUCAUGUGCUGUGUGCACAAGUUUGGUCGUUAACUGUUCUACUUAGUCACAUCGAGGUUGAAGUUCCAACUAAUAAAUUUGCCAUUCCGCUUUCUGAUGUGCUCUGUCAACCCUUGAGCCAGUUGUCUUCCAUACAUCAAGUUCAAUGAGCUUCGUCCCACGAGGAUAUCAGUUGCGUAAUCCUCCCUGAUUACCGUGUCAAUGAAGCUAGCUAACAGGAGAGUACGAAAUCGGGGAUAAUUUGAGACCGAAUUUCGUGAGGAAGCUUGGAAGUGCAGCCUGAAACUGUUACUUUGCGGUUGAGUUCUUGCUGAUGGAGACAAAGAAUGCGGUGAUUGAUUCUCAAGCACAUGAGAAUAAUACUCUACACGUGGACCUCGAGAAGAUGCCUUUGUUGCCUUCAUAUCGGUUGGUUCCUGUUAAAGCUCUCUCUCAGGUAUCAAGGUUGUAGAAUCCUUAAAGCUCGUUUACUUGCCUAAGAUUAGUGUAGAAUUCUACAUAGCAAUUCCUUGCAGACAUUGAGAGCUCCAAUUAGGCGGGGGUGCUAGGGUUUCAUUCUGAUGAGAUUGUUUUGGGUCCAUUUUGUAGUCGUAGCAGAUUUCUUUUACUUUUAGCUUGUUGGUUGCUGCAGUGUUGUGUUGGCUCCACUUACCUUCUGCAGGUCACACAGCAUAGUAUCACAGCCUUCACAUGCCGCUCUUUAUUACGCGCCACGCACAACGAAUGGUGGAGCUCCUACUGCCGAAGCUAGUGGUGUCAAUUAAACCUUGAAUGGGUUUUCACACACUUCGGGGGAUCGGUCGCAAGAGUGUAUGGAUGCGUGGAAGGAUAUUCUGAAUGAUAAGGGACGCUCGUUUUUCUGUCAGCUUUGGUGUGUCGGCCGAGUGUCUCAUACUUGUAAGCAAACGUUCUGCUGCCUAGUCGUGUGCAGUGACUGUAAUUAGUUGAAGGAAAACAAUCGUAGUGUUGUAUUAUCA